AUGGCGGCAUCCAACAAGCAGGGCAAGAUGCAAGGCUUCAUCAACUACCGCAUGCGAGCCACAAUGAAUGACGGACGACAAUUAGUGGGCCAAAUGCUCGCCUUCGACAAACACAUGAACCUCGUCCUAGUGGACUGCGAAGAGUACCGUAAAGUCAAGCGCAAGACCAAGGCUGGAGCACCUGGAGCUACCGCCCCACAACAAGUCGUCGAGACGGAGGAGAGGCGGUCACUGGGUCUGGCGAUUGUGAGAGGCGCACAUGUGGUAUCCUGCUCGGUAGAUGGACCGCCUCCUUCGGAUCCGGCUGCGAGGAUGGGUACGAGUGCGGCAACACCUACUGCUGCUGCAGUACAGACGCCUGGCAUUUCGAGACCAGCGGGGAGAGGUGCUGGGGCAGGGUUGCAGGGCCCGAUGGGCGGGCAGGGUACUUUUCCUGGCUUUCCUGGGGCGCCGCCGAUGGGGAGAGGGUUCCCUCCGCCAGGAUUUGGGCAAGGCCCACCACCUGGCUUUGCUGCUCCGCCACCAGGGUUUCAGCCGCCACCUGGCCGCGGAGGAUUCGGCGGCAGAUGA